CUCCCAAUGACACGAGCGCAACCUCUCUGAUCCAUGUCCAGAUCCACCUCGACUUGAUCAGGAGCUGGAGGAUUGCAUAUAAUAUUGUGCAUGUUUUGGGGAGCGUUUUUGCUGUAUUACUUCAGCACUUGUGACUUCACGGGCAGAGUUCUUAUCUCCGCAUCUGAGCACAGGGCAGUGUUGACAGUGGGACAGCAUGAGACAGUUCACGGAUCAUGCAAGCGUGGAGCUUUUUACAGAAAAAUACGUUUUGAUUACUUACUUCUGAAUACAAGAAAGAUGUGGAGCAGGAUACCACUCUCAGUAUUAGCUGUUUUCUUACUUGAGGCGUGCCAGUGUGAGGAUGCUUGGCUCACAGAGGAGCCCCCAUCGCAAGAGCAGCAGCAGAUGCAGACCAACUUCACGGACAUCUCUGCCAUCUUGGGGAAAACUCGGCACCAGAUCCUGGCUGCUCAGUUUGAGUGCUACCUGAAGAUAAUCCACGACCCCCCGUACACGGAACAAGGUACACACUGUAACCGCACGUGGGAUGGAUGGCUUUGCUGGGGGGACACUGCUCCUGGGACAGUCAUGCAGAUGUGCCCUGAGUACUUCCACGAUUUUGACCCUGGAGAGAAGGCUACCAAGGUGUGUAACCCUGAUGGACAGUGGUUCCAUCAUCCAGAGAGCAACCGGAUAUGGACAAACUACACCCAGUGUCAGGUCUACACCAAAGACAAACUCAAGUUUGCCAUCAGCCUGUACUACUUGGCCAUGGUUGGUCAUGCACUCUCCAUAGUCUCCCUCAUUAUAUGCCUUGUAAUCUUCUCCUACUUCAAAAGUUUGAGCUGCCAGAGGAUUUCUCUCCAUAAGAAUAUGUUUAUGUCAUUCAUUCUCAACUCCAUAGUGACCAUCAUGUGGCUCUCGCUGACUGUGGCCAACAACCAGGCUAUAACUGCAAGCAACCCAGUGAGCUGUAAGGUCCUGGCUAUGCUGACCCAGUACACAUCCACCUCUAACUACUUCUGGAUGCUGUGUGAGGGCAUCUACCUCCACACGCUCAUCAUCGUAGCUGUAUUUGUGGGAGAACAGCAGCUCUUCUGGUACUACGUCCUGGGGUGGGGCUUUCCAGUUGUUCCAGCUAUUAUCUACGCCGUGGCACGUGGACUGUUUUAUGACGACAAGUGUUGGAUUAGCUCUCACACACUCCUCUACAUCAUUCAUGGACCUAUUCAAGCUGCUCUGCUUGUGAACUUAUUCUUCCUGCUGAACAUUGUGCGGGUCCUGAUCACUAAACUAAAGGAGACUCACUGUGCAGAGUCCACAGCGUACAUGAAAGCGGUCAGAGCCACCCUCAUCCUGAUUCCACUGCUGGGAGUGCAGUUCAUCCUGUUCCCAUGGAGACCUGAGGGACGCAUCAGCCGUGCCAUCUACGACUUUUUUGUCAAUAUUUUUAGUCAUUUCCAGGGACUGCUGGUAGCCAUUAUCUUUUGCUUCUGCAAUGGAGAGGCCCAGACAGCUGUGCGGAGGAAGUGGGCCCAGUGGAAGACUGCAUGGGGUAAAACAGGCUGGGGAGUCACACCCAUCACCAACAACUCCCAUUUUAACUACCACACCAACUCCUCCAUCACAGAGACCAGCCGUGCCACCCUUACCCUGGAGCACCCUGCUGUCGACCACCACGGUCCCUCUCUGUCAUUAGUGCACCACAAACCAACCAGUGAGCAAGAGCACAAACCUGCCUACAGCAACGGAGACGUGGACAACCUCAACAGGCUGCAAACCACCGACAUAUGACUAUAACAAGAACCUUAAGGAUAUGAAAAAAGUUACUUUACAUCAGUAUUUUUCUUAAAAACAUGUCAUUUGUUCAUUUACAUGUGAAUGUCAGCUUUUUCUCUGAGGAGUAAAAGAAAGUAUUUGUAGGUUUAUGUAGUUUUUUGGACAUGCAAAAGCACAUGAAUAAAGCAGAAACUUGUGAUGACAAAAAUGCAUGUAUCACCAACUUUUUUUCUGCCAUAUUGUUUGGUAGACACAUUGUUUUUGCUUAUGUUUUACUAGAAAAGGAAAAUUAUGUUUUUAAUAUUCUUAAUGUUUUUUUUGUGUUUUGUAAACAAAUGUAUAACCCAGCUAAUUGUUGUGAGGUGUUUUUUUCUGCUUCACUAUGACUUCUGAAUGUCAUAACCACUGUUACUGUUUUUCUUCAGGUGCCAAAUAGCGUGUGUGAAUUUGAUUUUGUUGCUUUUUAUAUAAUUACUGUUUUAUGUGUUUAAAAAACAAAACGGAUAACCUUUAUAUAUAAAUGGGCCUCUGACCAAAUCACCACUAUAUUUCACUUAGUGUCACUGUAUAAUAGACCUACUACCCUUAAAGUAAAAAGCACACCCCUGCUUGGCUGCACUGAGACACUGCACUUAAUUUCAGCUUAUUUUUAUCUUCAAAAAAGUUCAGUCUAAAGGUGUUCAAAUGUCCAUACCUUACCAUUGACCAAUGUGUAUAUGCUUUAUGCAUUAUUCAUGUUCUAAAAUGCUCAGACUGUGGGGAAACACAUUCCAUUUCAACAUUGUGAAUAACAACCAUUUGACUGUACAAAAUAAACAUUAGGUCAUUUGAGAA